AGCAAGCCAAGCCCCGCUCGGUGAAAGUUGAAGAGGGUGAAUCUUCAGAUUUUGCUUUGACCUGGGACUCAUCGGUGACUCAAUCAGGUGGCCUGGGAGGAGAGCUGGAGAGCGAAGCGAAGGACAGCCGGGCCCUGGAAGAGAGGAACAGUGUGACGAGCCAGGAAGAGAGAAAUGAGGAAGAUGAAGACAUGGAGGAUGAGUCAAUUUACACCUGCGAUAACUGUCAGCAGGACUUCGAUUCACUGGCAGACCUGACUGAACACAGGGCACACAACUGUCCUGGAGGUUGUCUGUUUCAAACAGCAGCAGAGCUAUAUAUGGAUAUUGCCAGCUUGGAAGCGGCUGAUUUUUCUAAACUACUGUACGAUGGUGAUGACGACCCACAACUCUCCUGGGUGGCUUCAUCUCCCUCCAGCAAAGAUGUUGCAUCACCCACUCAGAUGAUAGGAGAUGGGUGUGAUCUCGGCAUCGGGGAGGAGGAAGGGGGGACCGGCCUGCCGUAUCCCUGUCAGUUUUGUGAUAAGUCCUUCAUUCGCCUGAGCUACCUUAAAAGGCACGAGCAGAUCCACAGUGACAAACUACCUUUCAAAUGCACCUACUGUAGCCGGCUUUUUAAGCACAAGAGAAGUAGGGAUCGCCACAUAAAGCUUCACACGGGGGAUAAAAAGUACCAUUGCCAUGAAUGCGAGGCUGCCUUCUCUCGCAGCGACCACCUCAAAAUUCACCUGAAAACCCACAGCUCCAGCAAACCCUUCAAGUGUACUGUGUGUAAGCGUGGGUUUUCAUCUACCAGCUCAUUGCAGAGUCACAUGCAAGCUCAUAAAAAGAACAAGGAACAUAUGGCAAAGACUGAGAAAGAGGUGAAGAAGGAUGAUUUUAUGUGUGAUUACUGUGAAGAGACAUUCAGUCAGACUGAAGAUUUGGAGAAGCACGUAAUGACACGCCACCCACAGCUUUCCGAGAAGGCAGAUUUGCAGUGUAUUCAUUGCCCUGAAGUAUUUGCAGACGAAAACUCGCUGCUCACACACAUUCAUCAAGCCCAUGCCAACAAAAAACACAAGUGCCCUAUGUGCCCGGAGCAGUUUUCUUCAGUGGAGGAAGUCUAUUGCCACUUGGACAGCCACAGGCAACCUGACUCCAGCAAUCACAGCAUCAGCCCUGACCCGGUCCUGGGGAGCGUGGCGUCCAUGAGCAGCGCAACGCCCGACUCCAGCGCGUCGGUGGAAAGAGGUUCCACCCCAGAUUCCACCUUAAAGCCUUUGAGAGGACAAAAGAAAAUGAGGUCCGUGGACAGAGAGGAAGGCCAGAACUGGUCUAAAGUUACUUACAGCUGCCCGUACUGCUCGAAGCGUGACUUCAACAGCCUUGCUGUUCUGGAGAUCCACCUGAAGACCAUUCACGCAGACAAACCUCAGCAAAGCCACACGUGCCAGAUCUGCCUUGAUUCCAUGCCUACGCUGUACAACUUGAAUGAACACGUGAGAAAGGUGCACAAAAACCAUGCCUAUCCCAUGAUGCAGUUUAGCAACAUUUCCGCCUUUCACUGUAACUACUGCCCGGAGAUGUUUGCAGAUAUUAAUAGCUUACAAGAACACAUCCGUAUUACUCACUGCGGCCCAAAUGCUACCCCUCAAGAUGGCAACAACGCUUUCUUCUGUAACCAGUGCUCCAUGGGCUUUCUGACCGAAGCAACCUUGACUGAGCAUAUUCAGCAGACUCACUGCAAUGUAGGAAAUUCAAAAUUGGAUUCCCCUGUCAUUCAGCCAACACAGUCUUUUAUGGAAGUUUAUUCAUGCCCUUAUUGCACAAACUCCCCCAUUUUUGGCUCCAUCCUGAAGCUUACAAAGCAUAUUAAAGAAAACCACAAGAACAUUCCUCUGGCACACAAUAAGAAGUCAAAAGCAGAGCAGAGUCCGGUUUCUUCUGAUGUUGAAGUCUCUUCCCCUAAAAGGCAACGGCUUUCUGCGAGCGUAAACUCAGUGUCUAAUGGUGAAUACCCAUGUAAUCAGUGUGAUCUAAAGUUCUCAAAUUUUGAAAGUUUUCAAACCCAUUUAAAGUUGCAUUUGGAGUUGCUGUUGAGGAAACAGUCUUGCCCUCAGUGUAAAGAAGACUUUGAUUCCCAGGAGUCUCUUCUGCAACAUCUCACUGUACAUUACAUGACAACUUCAACUCAUUAUGUAUGUGAGAGCUGCGACAAACAGUUUUCUUCGGUGGAUGAUUUGCAGAAGCAUUUGUUGGACAUGCAUACUUUUGUGUUGUAUCACUGCACCCUUUGCCAAGAAGUUUUUGAUUCCAAGGUAUCUAUCCAAGUGCAUCUGGCAGUCAAGCAUAGCAAUGAAAAGAAGAUGUAUCGUUGCACAGCCUGUAACUGGGAUUUUAGGAAGGAGGUGGACCUCCAGAUCCAUGUGAAGCAUAGUCACUUGGGGAAUCCCUCAAAGUCUCACAAAUGCAUCUUCUGCGGUGAGACCUUUAGCACAGAGGUAGAACUGCAGUGCCACAUCACCACUCACAGCAAAAAAUACAACUGCAAAUUUUGUAGCAAAGCUUUUCACGCCAUCAUCUUGCUUGAAAAGCACUUGCGGGAAAAACAUUGUGUUUUUGAUGCUAGCGCUGAAAAUGGUACAGCUAAUGGCAUGACCCCAACAAAUAAGAAGGCAGAAGGGGCAGAUAUCCAGAACAUGUUAAUGAAGAAUCCAGAUACUUCCAACAGUCACGAAGCCAGUGAGGACGAUGUAGAUGCUUCUGAGCCCAUGUAUGGCUGUGACAUCUGUGGGGCAGCCUACACUAUGGAGGUCCUCUUGCAGAACCAUCGUUUGAGAGAUCAUAACAUCAGGCCUGGGGAGGACGAUUGUUCUAGGAAGAAAGCAGAAUUCAUCAAAGGUAGCCACAAGUGUAAUAUCUGCUCAAGGACCUUUUUCUCAGAAAAUGGCCUGAGAGAGCACAUGCAGACCCAUCGAGGCCCGGCUAAGCACUACAUGUGCCCCAUCUGUGGGGAACGCUUCCCAUCUCUCCUGACCCUGACGGAGCACAAAGUCACUCACAGCAAGAGUCUGGAUACAGGGACAUGUCGGAUCUGCAAAAUGCCGCUGCAGAGCGAGGAGGAGUUUAUCGAGCACUGCCAGAUGCAUCCAGAUCUCAGAAACUCCCUCACCGGGUUUCGCUGUGUUGUCUGCAUGCAGACGGUCACCUCUACCCUUGAGCUGAAAAUUCAUGGGACGUUCCAUAUGCAGAAAUUGGCAGGAAACUCUGCAACCUCGUCGCCCAAUGGCCAGGCCUUGCAAAAACUCUACAAGUGUGCGUUGUGCUUGAAGGAGUUCCGGAAUAAGCAGGACUUGGUAAAGUUGGAUGUGAAUGGCCUUCCCUAUGGCCUGUGUGCUGGAUGCAUGACCAGGAGCACCAAUGGACAGUCUUCAGGCUUGGCUCCACAGGAGGUGAAUGAGAGACCGUGUGGCAGUCUGAGGUGUCCAGAGUGUAGUGUCAAAUUUGAAAGUGCUGAAGACCUAGAGAGCCACAUUCAGGUAGACCACCGAGACCUGACGCCCGAGACUAGUGGCCAAAGGAAAGGUACCCAGACGUCCCCCGUUCCCAGAAAAAAGACCUAUCAAUGCAUCAAGUGCCAGAUGACCUUUGAGAAUGAGAGAGAGAUACAAAUCCAUGUCGCUAACCAUAUGAUUGAGGAAGGCAUCAAUCAUGAGUGCAAGCUGUGUAACCAGAUGUUUGACUCUCCGGCAAAGCUCCUGUGUCACCUGAUUGAGCACAGCUUUGAAGGGAUGGGAGGCACAUUCAAAUGCCCGGUUUGUUUCACAGUUUUUGUACAGGCAAACAAACUGCAGCAGCACAUCUUCGCAGUCCACGGGCAGGAAGAUAAAAUUUAUGACUGUUCCCAGUGCCCACAGAAGUUCUUCUUUCAAACAGAGCUUCAGAACCACACAUUGAGCCAGCACGCACAGUGAGCCACUGGCACUACAGGACACCUCUCUGCAGAAGACUUGACGGUGGCACAGUGGGGAGGACCAUUUGAACAUUACAUCCAAUCAAAGUGUCAUUUGCAACCCAGAUGUAAAACUCUAAUGAUUUGGCCAUGAGGCGCUGCUAUUAUAAGCAGCUGGAAAUGAAUAUUAAUGGAAGAGAUUAAAAGUAUUCCAUGCUCAGUAUUUUUUAUUGUCCUGCUUCAGCUAGUGUACUUUAGAGCUUCUGCUUCUGACUGAAUUUAUAGUGUUAGAUAAAUCUGCUUUGAUGCUGUUGCCCUUUGUUGCUUCUUGUAUUAUAUUGAUAGUUAAAGAUUAGGUGUGAUUUUUUUCUUUUUGGUUAACUGCUUUUUAAUUGCAAUUUUAGAUAACUGUGCAUUGUGAUGUGAUUGCUUGGCUAUUGUCUGAAUAUUUCUUUUUAAUUUUUUAAUUAAAGACUAAUGCUUUGAUUGGAUUUGCCAGUUCACCGGACAGUGAUUAAAACUAUGUAAUGAAUAUAAUCGGUUUCAGUGCAACUGGAUGGUCUGCUUUAUAAAUGUGACUUAAUCUGAUUGCAAUAACUAGUACAGUUCAAUAAAGGGAAUACCUGA